AUGGCUGUGCCCCAGGCUUUCCUACUGGUGGCCCUCUAUGCUACUAGUGUCUCGAUGGAGCCCUCAGCCUGCCCUCGAAGCUUGGCUGAGGGCUUCUUGGAGGAGGAGCUUCGGCUCAACGCUGAGCUGAGCCAGCUGCAGUUUUCAGAGCCAGUGGGCAUCAUCUACAAUCCUGUGGAGUAUGCGUGGGAGCCACAUCGCAGCUAUGUAACUCGCUACUGCCAGGGCCCCAAGCAAGUGCUCUUCCUGGGGAUGAACCCAGGACCUUUUGGCAUGGCCCAGACUGGGGUGCCCUUUGGGGAAGUGACCAUGGUCCGAGACUGGUUGGGCAUUGGGGGGCCCGUGCUGACCCCGCCCCAAGAGCACCCUAAACGACCAGUGCUGGGACUGGAGUGCCCACAGUCAGAAGUGAGCGGUGCCCGAUUCUGGGGCUUUUUCCAGAACCUCUGUGGCCAGCCCGAGGUCUUCUUCCGUCAUUGCUUUGUCCACAAUCUGUGUCCACUGCUAUUCCUGACUCCCAGUGGGCGCAACCUCACCCCUGCUGAGCUGCCUGCCAAGCAGCGAGAACAGCUUCUUGGGAUCUGUGAUGUGGCCCUUUGCCGGCAGGUGCAGCUGCUGGGGGUGCGGCUGGUGGUGGGAGUGGGGCGACUGGCGGAGCAGCGGGCACGGCGGGCUCUCUCAGGGCUAAUGCCAGAGGUCCAGGUGGAGGGGCUGCUACACCCCUCUCCCCGUAACCCACAGGCCAACAAGGGCUGGGAGGCAGUGGCCAAGGAGAGACUGAAUGAGUUGGGGCUGCUGUCCCUGCUAUCAAAAUGAGAACCCCUGGGACCAGGCAUAGGAAGGACAUGUUCAAGGUCUCCAAGUCAUUCUUGGCCAAGCAGAGGAUAAAACACCUCCUGGACUAGAGCCACAAGGUCCUCUUGGGCUCCCUGGUAGCUGGGAAGCAUGCUCUCUGAUCUGUUGACUGUCUACCAACCUGCAAUAGCAGUUUUGACACUACUCCAGUUUGCCCUCCUGAUCCUGAUCCCUGCUUUUUUCACCACCUUUUGAGCAUUGCCCCUUUGUGGUAUUUCACUCUACAGAGAAUCAGAAGAGGGGCUUUGUGGCACUUGCAGACUGCUCUACCUCAUCAUUUCCUUGGGAAAGCAGAGAAUGACCCAAACAGUGACUUCUAAGGUCAUAUUUGCUGUUUCAGAGGAAUGCCAUGCCAAGAUCCUUACCUUCCUUACAAAACAGCAUCCUGCUGCUGACCCCUUCUCUUAUAGGGUCAGGACAAAGCAUAGGUCAUGAUACUAACACAGAACUAAUUAUGGGAAGCUAAGGCUGGACUACACAGAUUCACUGUUGUGGAAUGGGAAAGACAGAAGACCUGGAUUUUCUCUUUU